AUGGCCGAUAAAGAGAAAAAAGAACCCAAGGAGGAGAAGAGAGGCAAGGGCCCAGUUGUGUGUGGCUACCCCCUCAGCAUUUUCUUCAUAGUUGUUAAUGAGUUCUGUGAAAGAUUUUCCUACUAUGGCAUGAGAGCUGUCCUCGUGUUGUAUUUCAAGUACUUCCUGAAUUGGGAUGAUGAUUUUGCAACGUCUAUUUAUCACGUCUUUGUGGCCCUUUGUUACUUGACCCCUAUCCUGGGGGCCAUCGUCGCCGACUCAUGGCUUGGGAAGUUUAAGACUAUCAUUUACUUGUCCAUCGUCUAUGCUCUGGGUCAAAUUGCGAUGGCCAUCAGUGCUAUCCACGACAUCACCGACCAGGACCGGAACGGGACCCCAGACAACAUGACCUUCCAUGUGGUCCUGUCGAUGGUGGGCCUCUUCCUGAUCGCUCUGGGCACUGGGGGAAUCAAACCUUGUGUGGCAGCCUUCGGUGGAGACCAGUUCUCUAAUCAUCAGGAAAACCAAAGGAGAACCUUCUUCUCCGUCUUCUACCUGUGCAUUAAUGGAGGGAGCUUGCUGUCCACCAUCAUCACGCCCAUCCUCAGAGCCCAGCAGUGCGGCAUCCACACAAAGAUGGAGUGCUAUCCUCUGGCGUUUGGAGUCCCGGCCGCGCUCAUGGUGGUGGCCCUCGUGGUGUUCAUUGUGGGCAGUCCCAUGUACUACAAAGCAGAGCCACAGGGAAACAUCAUGCUGGACGUGUGCAAGUGCAUUGGGUUUGCUAUUAAGAAUCGCUACAGACACAGAAGCAAGCAAUAUCCCAAGAGAGAGCACUGGAUGGACUGGGCAGAGGAGAAAUAUGGUAAACUUCUAAUCGCUCAGAUCAAAAUGGUGCUGAAAGUGUUGUUUUUAUACCUCCCACUUCCCAUGUUCUGGACUCUCUUUGACCAAAAGGGUUCAAGAUGGACACUGCAGGCGACUACACUGAAUGGGGACUUUGGUGGGUUCAUUGUCCAACCCGAUCAGAUGCAGACUUUUAACCCCAUUUUGAUUCUGACCCUGGUGCCGAUCAUGGAUAACGUCAUCUACCCUUUGAUCAAAAAAUGUGGCUUCGACUUUUCACCCCUGAAGAGGAUGACCGUGGGGAUGUUUCUGGCAGCGAUGGCUUUUGUCUGCGCUGCUGUGGUCCAGCUAGAGGUGGAUAAAACGUUGCCCACUUUCCCCUCGGCCUCUGAGAGUCAGCUCAAACUGCUCAACAUGGGCCCGAGCGCAGUCACUGUUCAGUGUGGAGCGGAGCCCCCAAUGGAACUUCCAGCCAAUCAGGCCAGUCCCGACUACUACACAUUUGCAGGUUCAGACUCUGUUUCAGUCUCUCUGGGAAAUACCACCAGAACCAUCACUUUGACCAAGGGCCAUCGGCAAACUUUGCUCGUUCCCAAAACGCUGACAAGUGCAUGGGAGCUGACAGAAGAUUUAACCUCCAAGCCCCAAAAAGGUGCUAAUGGCAUUCGAUUUGUCAAUGGACUAAGUGUUCCAAUCAACAUUUCCUCCACUCAAGCAGAGUUUGGAAUCAUUGAGCCAUUUUUAGUCAGCAACUACACCCUGUUGAAAAAUGGAAAGCAAAUUUUCACCAUCCGCUCUGCGUCUGCCUCCUGCGAUGUCGAGAAAGACUUUGGUUUCGGGAGCUCGUACACUUACUUCAUCCCGAGUACUUUCACUUUUACUGAAAAUCAGUGCGGGAACAUCACUACAAUAGAGCACAUUAAACCAAACACAGUCCACAUGGCCCUGCAGAUCCCACAGUACUUCUUCAUCACAGCUGGAGAGGUCAUGUUCUCGGUCACUGGGCUGGAGUUUUCUUACUCACAGGCACCAAGCAACAUGAAGGCGGUGCUCCAAGCCGGGUGGUUGCUCACUGUUGCUAUUGGCAACUUUAUAGUCCUGAUUGUCGCAGAACUUGCAAAACUUCCCAAGCAGUGGACAGAGUACGUGCUGUUCGCCUCCCUCCUGGUGGCCGUGUGCUUCAUCUUCUCCAUCAUGGCGUAUUUCUACACGUACAUGGACCCGGCAGAGAUCGAGGCCCAGUUCACAAACGACUUGAAACAAGACGACGAUGACGACAAUGACGAUAGGCCCAGGAAGCACUCGCACAACUCCGAAAUCAAGAUGGUGAAGAAACCGUCUGAUCACGACGUCACAUCACAAACCAAAAUGUAA